GUGUGGUCGUUAACGUCUGAAGCUGUUAUUUGGCCUAAAGACGGUAGAAAUUCGACGUUAAUCAAAUAGUGAACCCUUUUUAUUGCCUCGUGCCUGUCGUUAACUGACUGGAUCCCUUGAAAUACGAGAACGCUCGUGUCGUAUGGUGUACGCGGCGCGUUUCUACGCUCAAUCUCUGGCUCCUCAUCUGACCGAUGACUAUCUGUCUUGAUUUAUAGUGCUCUACCUGCUUCGUACAGGGAGUUCCAUGUAACUAGACCGGUAUAAAUAUUUCAGUUAUUCUCGUUGACGAAAAGAUGUGUUCAAGGAAGAAAGAAUCUCGUUUUUUGAAAGACAAUUUUUUUUAUAAUAUAUAUAGGUAACAGCUGUGCGUUUUGAAGUAUCGGAUGUACUUGUUAUAAACGAGGUAGUCUGUGUAGCGCGGUGUACUUAUGCUCUUAGCUAUUAUCUAAUUGCUUUUCACGGAUACGAACGACGAAAUGAAAUAGCGUUUUUAAUAUUAGAAUUACCAACAACUAGAGUAUAGGACUCGUACCAAAGAAAUCGAAAUGAAAGAUAUAUAUUUUAGAAGAAAUCAUUCGGACUCUCAAAGACCAUUGUGAGUCUAUAAAAUGUCCACGAUCAAUUACAGAUUGAUUGCACUUGGACUUUUAAUUCUAGUGAAGUACUUUUUAAUAAGAAAUUCAUCCUGCCAAGGUAGGAGUUCUAGUUGCAUGUUCUUUUUAAUUAAAAAUGAGUUAAGGUAAUAAAUCGUAUUAGACGAAAGAUAGUAAAUUCACGGCAGCAGAAUCUCUAUUCAACUGCACGAAAGUAUCAUCCAUUCAUUGGGUUUUAUAACAAUAGCUUCCAGAUUUCGUAACAGCUGCUCUUAGAUAAUCCUCCUCUUGUUCACAAAAGAGAGCAAAUUAAAACUUUUUUUAGGAGCAAUUCCAAAUCAAUUUCACCAAGAAGCGAAAGGUAGCGACAUUGACAUCCAAUCAAGCUAGUUUCGCGACCAGACGCCAGUAAUCGAAAAAUAAUUAGGUAUACAAUCGUCUAAACUCGAACCAGCGAAGCAUAAUUUGUGCGCUACCUUGUCGUGUGCUGCAAGGUAGCAGCAUCACCUAAGAAGGAAAAGAAGAAACGAUGUCGUUGUUCUGGCAGCCAUUCCAUUGGCACUUGCUUCCUAGACAGAUGGUCGCUUUACCACAUGUUACCUAACUGUAGACCUGCUUUAAGUACCAUUUCUGCCGUUGGUAUCGUGCGUUUCUUCGCCAGAGCCUUGAACUACGCUUUGUUGCCGUCGCGAUUUCUUGCGUUCCUGUUUCUUUUCCUGGAGGAAACGUACUAAUCAUCCGCGUUCACGUUGUUCGUGACGUUUCUUGCCAUUUUCACGCGACCAUGUACACUUCUGUUGCAUUAUACGUUUCGCUUGUUCCCGUUUUACCGUCUUUCCAAACCCGUGUCAAUUAAUUCCUCGAAAAUAGCAGACAACGUUAGACGAAUAGAAAAAUUCUGUCAGUUCCUGUACCUAUUUAUCUAUCAAUAGACAGAACUUUCGCACCUAUUCAAUACCAAUUGAAAAUUUUUCGUCUGUAACAUUGAUCUUAUCUUCGAUAUUAACGUGUUCACAUUACACGAAACAUCUCUGGGCGGGAAAAUUGAAUUUUCCUACGACGAUCUUCUCUGAUUAUUAUCUGAAAGAGGAAACAUAAUGUUUUCUAUAAUUUAUCGUCCUUGAUACUCGUUACUAUAGAUACUCAUUUUCCGUACAUAUUUCGCGAUAAAAGGAAACGUCGUAUAGAAUGCGCGUAAAAGGAUUUAACGUAUUACCUAAUAAAUGCUGGUCUAACGUCAGCUUAUCGGGACGACUCGUGGUAACGAUACGACGAACCAAAACUCGAUGACUUCAACCAGCGUCAAAAAUAAAGGUUUCUGCGUGUGGUCCCAGCGAAACGAUCUCCCCCGACUUAUCUCGCACAACUUGCUCCGCUACGAGCAUGAAUUCAUCGCUGAAAUUUUCAUACACCGCCGGGUCCUUUCAUCUGAUCCCCUGAAAAAACGUUCUGGCCACAUCGCCUGACCCGUAGGUUAAACGCAUCCUUCUUCGUCUCCUGGCCGAAAUCCUGCUCUUCCUUUUGCAGGAAGCCGAGAGUCUCCAGAAACUGGAGUAGCGAUUCGUUAUCGAAAUUCCUGUUUGCGCGUCUUCAGCGAGAAUUCCUCGUUUGUCAAAGUCUAUCUCCUGGCCAAAUUUAUGGCAUUCUCCACGUAAGGCACGCAUUAGCAACUGGUGAGAAUUUGUAUCCAAUUACAGAGGAAUGAUCCCUGUUCUAAGCGAUACUUUACGACGAUUGAAACAUCAAACUGGCCUGUAUUAACUGGUCCUUUCACUGCUGUACUCUUCAAGCUAUAAACGUUCUCUACGUAUAGAUCUAGGUAGACCACUUUCUCAAAUUCUGCGUAUAUUUCGUUUUUUAAAUUCCGAAUAGAAAUUGAAGGAGACUAAAAUCGAGGCAAAAUUUUCUAUGACGAGUGUACUUUCUAAUCAAAUAGCCGAAUUGUGCUAGUAAUCCGAGAGUGAGAGCUGAGAACGAUUUGAAAUUUGAUCAGCGACAUUAGGUGCAUUUGCCUUAUCUUUUAUUUCAUGUAAGAGGAACGGCACUCUGCUAUAUAUACGAUUUUGACAUUGUUGCGUCUGAUGGUGAGAGAUAUGGAACGGUUAAAGCAACAGUAACGUUCACGUAGGCAAAAAUUUCUCAUGACAUGGCCAGAUUAUGCCGGCCAGAUAUAUAGGCAAAGCGAAUGGAGAGGGAACAAUCCAAUUUCUCAUGACAAGAUAAAAAUUUAAUGGGCUACGAGGACAAGCAAGCGACGAGGAUUAAUUGGGCCGAUGUAAUGAAUUUUUAGGGCAAUGAAUCGGCUCAGAUCGCUGUCUCAUGUUUGAAAUUUAAUCGAGAAAAUUAAUAAGCUACAAGUUCUCUGUGGGUGUUCCAGAGGAACGGUGGGUGGAUAGUGUGACGACAUCGAUCAAUCAUCGAUCGAUCGAUCGUACGAUGUGUGGUCGUUUGGUAAAUUACGAAAAAAUUGGUUAGAAUAGGCCACCUACGGAACUAGAGAAUGAAACUAAGAAUAAAAAGUGCAUCAGGAUCGGCUGGGAAGUGGCGGGGGAUGAAAAUUGCGAACACCAUCGGUCUAGUUAUAAAGAAGCCUGUACACUGACAAAUUAUUAUAUCGCACGUAUCCACGGAAAGAAGCGUGUUCACUGACCAUGCACCGUAAACCGUCUUGAUCGUUUCAGGUUAUUCUGAGGCAAAAUGAAAACGUUUUGUAUUCAACUAACAGUAAAGAGGGAAAAAAUAAAAGAAAAAGAACGUACGAUAUUUUAGACGUUUUCUUCUGAAAGUAGAAUACUUUAACACACAUAAUAACUAUAUGCAUAAGUUAUGUGGGAAAACCCACUUUUUCGCGGAAAAAUAAAUUAAUUUAUUCAAACACAACCAGAGAUUGUUGCACACUGCAUCAGUUUACAACAGCGAAAUAUUGAGAUGUACCUCUACCUGAUCGUUAUUUACUGUAAAUCCGGUCAAUUACGCGAAUAAUUUAUGAGAUUAUUGCCGGUAUCACGCCACCGAGAUCUGUCAUAUGGUACAGUUUAUCGAGCCUUCACCAAACACCAUGGGCCUCCGUAUUAUCAGUCGGAAGUGUCGUGCCACGCUCGUCGCGAAGAUUUGAUUGAAAAUCUUGUGUUCAUUAAAAUUCCAAAGAUACGCGCUGCAAGAAGCACGUUAUAUUCGAUGUAUCGGCCGGUCGCGUGUUCUUGUUCGACGAAUCAUAAUGAAUAUUCGAGUGUAAGCUUCAUGAUCCGCAGGGUCGCGAUUAUCGCUGUUACGCCGCAAGAGUGUUCGAUGAAGGGAAUACCAGAGGAAAAAAUGGCAACGAUUACCCUUUAAUUAGCUUUCGGGUGGUCAGGCCAAUAUUCGCGGGCUGGCAUCUACAUAGCUGGUUAAACGAAUAAAAAUGGCAUCUUCGAUUGUGCGGCGGAUGCUCGCCUUGAUCUUGCCGUGUAAUAUCUUGCAGCAACCUAUCACGGCUCUAUGGUGUCUCCCUGACCCUUAAAUUUCCGUAUCUCAGAUUACGAUACAAUAUGGGAAGUUCUGCUGAUGCAGAACAUCAUGUUUUGAAAAUUAAUUUGCAGAUACGUGUCAGAAACGUAGUAUAUGUACCUUUUUUCUUAUUUGUACUACAGAUCACGAUUUUUUGUUUAAAGUGACCUUAAACUUUUGAACGAUACUGCGUUAGAACCUUGAAAGACGACGAUUUCUCAAAGUUGUGUAGUACGAUAAAUUUUUGCCAAGAUAGAGCUCCUUUCCAAUUGCAAACGUUUAUCAUCGAAAAUGGUGAAAGUAUAUUACCAGUUAUAGUUGGAUCUUCAUACUGUUGGAAAUGAUAUUCACGGCAACGCUUAAUACACUCUAUCUUAUACCGAGGAUGUAAAUAAUCUUGGUUGAAACAGCGAGAGACGUUGUAAAUUUUGAUCGCCUAAGUUUCUCAACUGAGGAGCAGCCAAAGGCCGGCGCAGACGACGUAACCGGCCAUUAAAAAUUUAUCAUCGCCGAUACUUUAUUGGGUUCUUUUCUUCACUGGGCCAGGUGAAAUUAUAGUAGUUAUGCACGCACAUCAAGCUUUUUAUGCGGCCUUCGUCAUAUCACGAAUGGCUACUUGUUGAAACGUUUCGUCCAAACCGUCGCAUAAAAUAUCAAUUAAUAUGCUGCCUUUAUCUUAUCUCCCGUGCCAGUUUUGUACCCUCCCAUUUUGUCUCCUAUUUUGUUUUUUAUUUUUUAUCUUCUAGAUGAUCGGAAUAACAUUCUACCGAAUAGCACAGCGGCGAAAGAAUUUAAUUUGUUGAUUUACUUCUGGAUCUUCCUCGAUAUAUCUACGUCGUAUUCUCUUAAUUAAUCAAUUAGAUUGCCUUAUUAUAAUUAAUAGUCGCCUUAAUAUACUGUUUACACCGUUUAUAACAUCAGACUCUCUUCAAUUUGCUGUAUAAAUCGAAAUAUAAAAUGCUAAUAAUAUUUCAAUUCGAUGAUUUCGUCGACGUCGAAAAUGAUAUUUUCGCGUCGCCAUAUAGCCCACUUACGAUCGUCAACGAUUUCGUGGAAUUCGUUUUGUAGCGGCAACUCGAACGAGCUGAAUGUAAAACGAUGUUUCGCAUAGUUUGUCCAUGGCUAUGAUUCCCAUUAUGAUAGCCUUUAAUAAUCCGCAAACUAGAAACUAGGGACUGGCUGUUUGCUCGAGUAGGCACGUGCUCGUCCGUAAACGACACGACUGAUCGUGAAAAGCGUCGCAGAGCAAUGUUCUCCACCACACGACAAACGUCCCCGUUUCCAGCCUUCUUUCUGAUACGCGUCGUUAAACAAACUGUCUUUCUGUGGAAGAUUCUGGCCGCCAGCCAAUAGUCCCCAAUGAAUCCAAUUGCUUCUUUUCCUUUAGCUUCAUAAUCAUUCCGAAGUUCGCUCGAAUAUCGCUGGAAGUUUUGUCAUUUUUAAUAUUUUAAUAUACAUAUAUAAUAAUAUUUUUCAUAGAAAAUAAGAUACGCGUUGAUCGAUAUGUAACAAAAUAUGCAGUCUCGCUUUGAAAAAGAUUUAGAGGUCGAAAAAACGUGCACGAAGAAAAAUAUCACGAAUGUUCAUUGGCCUGACACAGUUCUUUGCAUCGACAAAAAUAACUGAGAUAUUAACAGAAGCAAGACAAAUUCGACUAACAGGCAACAUUUAUAACCAAAGAUAUUAAAUGACGUUCUAUGUUAAUAUAUAUAUGUGUGUAUGUAUUAUUCGUAUUAUAUGUAUUUUAUACAUAUAAUAUAGUAUUUAGUACAUUAAUCAACGACAAGGCGUGGAAUAUUGCAUCGUAAAAGUAAAAAUCUGUCGGAACUUGUCAAUUUUACCAACAUCUGUUUGCGUUACAGGAAUAUUAAACAACAGUUGUGUUCUAGGAGUAAUUCUGUCGUUGGUAGCUACUGAACAAUUUGUUUUAAACGAGCGUAAUAAUAUAUCUGCGGGAUGUCUUGUACUUUCCUCACGCGAAUCGGUGUUAAGUGAGAUACGUCAUUUUCUAGAUGAAGUACGCUUAAUAUCGCGCCAGCGUUCCUUUCGCGAUCGGCAUUUCACAAUACUCGGAAAAAAUCACAUAGUUUGCAAAGAAACGUUCAUGGACGAGGCGUUCGAGUGUCAACUGGUAGAGAUCGUCUCGUAUCUUUAGUGGAACGACAAUUGCGACUGCAACACCGAGCGCAGGUCGCUUGAAAUUUAUUAACGAUGGAAAGUUACCGGAGAUCUGGUAACAGUUAUCCGAUCGACGAACAUCAUUCUGCACGUUCAACAUCGCGUGUUGACUGCUUCUGUGACAAGCGUUUGAUAGAUAAUUUUUCACGAAUUCUCUCGGACCUUAGGCUAUAUCUGUCAGAGGCAGCAUAAAUAGUACACGCGGAAACUGUUAAAUGUAAGUUUUGAACGAUGGUAGUGUCAUACGAUGGUGGAUAAGUACAAGCAGCUUUAAAACUUGGUAUUCGAUGCUGUGAAAACGCCAAAGGUUUCGAAGGAAAAAAUUAUUUUGGAAUUUAUCGUUUAAUAGCAAAAAGUAUGUCUCUUUCUUUGAUGGAAAACCAAAAACACUGUUGAGUUUCACACAUCGUGUUAAUUUUUAUUUUUGCUCUGUUUCAUUCCUUUCAUAGUUUUUAUUUUAUUUCUCCAUUCCUUUUAAUUUGACACAAAAGGUUUUGAAGUCGGUGCGUUGCCGCGCGCAUGUGAUCUCACCUCUUGCACCAUUUUGCAAGGUGAAUAUGUAAAUGGAAAAUGCAGCAACGCAUUUUAUCGAAAAAAACGAAAGGACAGCGUUGCACGUCUGUCGUCAGCAGCGCCUGAAAGAACACAAGACGUCGAUGUAUAUUAACAAUGUAAUAAGAAUAUUAUAGAAAUUUUGUAUUAGCGAAACUACCAGGAAGCGACAUUAGCCCACACGACACGAUCGCUGCAAAACAAAGUUUAACUAAAAUAGCCUGUAAUCGGUGAGCGCGAAUCACGAGCUAACUUCGCAUUACUAUUCGUGUAAAAAUGAAUAGUCUACUUUGCCAUAUACAGAAUGAACUAUUGUAGAGAGACGGCAGCCACGUGCGACUUAAUGCAAGAACUCUCUUUCAAAGCAAGAACGACCGCCAGUCGUGUUUCUCCGUCGGAGACGACGACAUCGGCAUCGAGUCGUAGAUCAAUGGCAAAUCGUAAACGCACGUAGUUUCUUCGUGAAAGAGAAUCGAUAAAAAUGAAACGAGGACGAUGUCGAGGACGCUUCGAGAGAAGAAGCAAAGAAUAGAAAGGGAAGAAAGUGGCGACGAAGACCAGGAAACGAUAAAUGAACGGAGGAAAAUAAAGUAUAGGUUGGCAAGAGAGAAGAAAGCGAGAGGAAGAAAGAGUAUUUGCUACUGGCGCGAUAAAUAGAUAGUCGAAGGAAGAAGCGAGGCAAGAAUUUUUAGUCGCAGCGAUGGGAACUCGAUCCUAUCGUGAACAAAUCUACGUUUCACGAGUAUUCAAUGAUUUUCAUGGCUGAAUGACAAAGUCUAGGAAGAAGGAAGGAGUGUGCUCGCAUCAGAAUCAACGACUCGCUGCAGAUCCCGAGGAUUUGCAACAGGAUCAAAGACAAUAGGGUGCAAAAGCAACGCUAGACUCGAAAUUUCCGUGAUUUCAGUCCAUCACUGGUUGGCGCCAUCUAGCAAGGCGAGCGACCGAAAGAGAAAGAAAUUCUCCGAGGGAUCGCGACGCAGGAUCUAAAGAGGGACGAGGGAUCACGAGGGAAAGACAGAGCAGCGGCGGUGGAAAGGAGACGGAGUAAGAUCGUCGUAGCUCCGCUUGCGCUCUCAGGCACAAACUACUCGACCACCAGCCAGCACGGAUCCGAAACCCUAUCUUGCGUUGUCUCUUGGUUACUCGCUUCGUAGAAUACGUUCAGCUUGCGCCCCAGGAACGACGCGGCAACCCCGAAUCGCGUUUCGAUUCCUUGCCUGCGUCUCUUCUCGCCAGAAGAAGAGACAUCCAACGCGACAUCAGACACUGAAAAACGCUCGAACAAACAUUAAAUCGACUCUCUGCGCUUGACCGUCUCUGGAGAACAGGCCACCUGUUUUUAUCAUUGUUGUUUCUAACGUUUGUACGGCUUCCUUCUUGUAGCCCUAUGCACGAUAAUGAACAUAAAUGAGCAGACUUCGGCUUGCAAAAGCUAUCUGUACGUUGUGACUUUAUUAAAGGUUCGUUCGAGUAACGAUCUUCUAAACAGAAUUCUUGCAAAUAGCAAGUGAUUCGUGUUGAUUGGAACAUGUGGGGUUAGCCUGUGCGAGACGAGCUUUCGUAGGAUUCUCCUGUCGAGAGGGAAAAGUGAUCCUCGAGGAGAGUCAGCGAUGUUUACAAGUUGUUAGAGACUGCUUGAUAAAAUCCUUUCUUCGCAUAGAAGGAACAUGGACGAUUGCGAUAUAUUGUGGUGAAUAUUGUGGAAGAAGAGAACAGUAGGAAGACCGUGCAGAAGGAAGCAGCAAGAUUGCAAGAUGAAAAAGAUUCUGUGGAUGGCGUGAUACAAGUACACCUCGGCUGCUAACAAAACUUCGUGCACGUGCUGCGAGGAUCAUCGAUCAUCAGUCUUCAUUGAACACUGUGACCGAUGGGAUUCACCGCAUGGCACGUCGAAUCCAGUUGAUAUUUAACAGAAUGCAGAGGAGAAGAUGCUUCUUCUAGUCCUCGUCCUCGCGGGCUGCUUGAACGUUCUCGAGAUUGUUCGUUGUCAAGAGCUUUCGGUCAUCAGGCACUCCGAUGGAGACAUUUUCACGUUGGAAGGUUCCUGCACGGAGGCUUGUACGGUGCUCAGCAGCGGAACAGCCAGCCCUUACACACGUAGUCCUUCGACCGCAGGACUCGUUCCUCUCAACAACACCUGCACCUGCCAGUGCAACCACGGCCUCCCUACCUUCCGGGAGGAUCUUCACAUCUGCGUGAAUGAUAUUCACGAGUGCAACGUGGCUGGUUUCGUCAGUAACACGGGCCAAAUCGAAAGGGUGCCGUACGUGUUUUUACCUCAACGUGGCCAAAUAAUAUACCCCCAUGCAGAAAUUCGAUUCGAAGGUGUGAGCACGCCAGUGUGUGGUAUAACCGGAGCUCAGCAAUUAGGACGCGCAGGAUGGUCAGAAUUGAGAAACCUUUCGGACACCGAACCACCCUUCAGGCUGUUUCGUGACGAAGGAAGAACGUUCCUUCAGUGGAUAGGUGAAACGGGACUAAGAGCGGCAGCUGAGGGUCGAGUAGUGACGGCCAAACUCGUCUGCAGAGACGCCUCGCCGAAGUCGAAGCUUCCCGGCGUCUUCACCCCGUGCGUGGCUUUCAGGGUCGCUGGUUCUCCGUCUAAAAGUAACGUUCGAGAAGUGAUGUUCUCUUCGACGACACAACUCUCGCAAGGUCUUUCCGCCACGGAAUACACGGCCAUCGGUCUUUCAUCCGUGAUCCUUGCCUUGAUCUACGUUGCGAGCGUGUCCUUGUAUCUUCAUAGUAAAAAAGCUAGGAGGAAAAUCGUCGAGGAGCCGGAAAUAAGCUUGACUCCUGGCCGAGAAGUUAGUGGAUUGGUGAAGAACAAUCCUUUGCUCGCUGCUUCGAGACACUUCGAGAGCGAUACUAACAGCGGCUUAACGGAGAGCGAUCUUGGCGAUGAUCUGCCACCGAGCGACGGUGAACAGGGAUUUGAAAAUAUUACUUCGGCUAUUGUUCAUCCCCAUUGCAUUUACAUGGAACAAUCUGAGGGUUGCUUUGGAACUGGAUCGAUUCUAGGUGAAAGACUGCCAGAAGAGGAUGUACGAGUCGUGGAAACUGCGGAUAAUCCGCAUCAACAGGAUGUGCCGGUGUUACCCGGGGCUCAGAGAAGAAAACUGUACUUCAACCCCGCUUAUUUCGACAGACAAUUGUUGCUUGCGCCCCCUCCAGCAGCCAUCGAGUUCCUUCUCAAAAUUCGGGAAGUUAUCUCUAUCGCGAAGCACAAAAUGGCCGCAAAGAGAUUCGUUCCUACUCUCGUCGGUAUACCGGAAGAAGAAAUGAACACGGAGCACUGCGACACCACGAAAAAUCAGCAACAAUCAGCUUCGAAUUCGGCUCAGAGUUCUAUUACGAAGUCACGGAAGUCUCAACGAUGCACCGGAUGCCCAGGUUGCACAAACUCGUUCAGGGACACUCCCGCGCUUCCGGAACCUGAUCAAACGAAUCCAGGUGAGAGUAAAGUUCGCGCAUGGUUAGAGGACGUCAGAUCAACGCCUCAACGACGUUGGCGAGACGCGGAGGAAGCUCGGAAAGCGCUUCAGGAAAAUACUAAAACCUUCAACAAGAACUUGGAGUAUUUAAAAGAGCUGGCCAAACGAGAAUUCGACACAGACGUGAAAGGUUUAACAGGAAAACUCCUUUCUUCGUGGAAGGAUAAUCCACCGAUGAUAAAAACGUUCCAAAACGUCGCAAGAAGCGAAAUCCUGGAGACAGGCGAUCGGCAUAGCAUUUCAAAACGUUCGACCAAGUCGAUGUUCGAGGAAUCGAACUAUUAUUCGUCGAGGAACGAGGAUUGUUCGGUCAGUAAUGGCAACGAUGUCAUUAAUGCCAGAGUGAGGAAUGCUAUCGAAAAUUCGUUCAUUAAACAGAUGGAAGAGAACGCAACGUUGGAGGAAGAGACGAUGGAGAAAACAGAAGCUGAAGUGGAGAAUAUCGUAGUCCCUAAGGACGAAGAUAAUAAAAUGGAAGAGAGAAUGGCUAUCAAGGAGAGUUCACUUGGAAAACAAGCGAAUAAAUUCAAUGAAAAUACAACACGAUCGAAAAAGGAGCUACCGGAUAUGAUCAAUGAGCUUCCAGGUGCUAAAAAUACGGCAAAACGUAUAAUGGAUGCUGUGAUCCGCGAAAUGGUCGAUGCAAAGGUACUAGAACAUCAUUCGAGAUCAGGCAACAUCACGGAUUACGAAGUGGAUAGUUUAGAACGGUCGAAAUCUAGCAGAAAGUCGUCUACUUCGCCAGAAUCGACCGAUCAAUCGAGUCCAGCUUUAUCCACCGCUUUACCAAUGGACGAGGAACUGACGAUGCAAAACGCUGUGAUUAACACUAGGACCGGUGAAAUGAUGGUACCGAAUAAACUGAACAAGGAUAUCCUCGAAAGAAGCUAUUACAAUAGCCUGCCCGAGCUAAUUUCUUCGCAAAAAUCGGAAAGUUACUCGCUUGUUAGCGAAGUGUACGUGAACGAUGGUUAUGAUAGUCCAGCCUGUAGCGACGAUUCUGGGCCAGAAAUCCAAUACGAGCCCGAGAAUCCCGGUCAUUUAACUAUCAAGGUUCAAGAUUCGCCGAAGAACUACGUCAAGCAGGAUGAAUCUGAAUACGAGCCAGACACGUUGGAUAGGAAACCGAUGAAAUUGAAGAUCAACGACGACGUAAACUACGAAAAGGACGUUCCUGAUGAGAUCUAUGUGGACUCUCUGGAAAGACCUGCUCAAAUCCUCCUUAAAAGCAAAGGCAGUUUUCGCGAUCAAGACUCGUCGAAAAAUGGCUCGUGUUUGCAACGUGGCUACGGUAGCCUUCGAGAAAUCUACGAAGCUAGACUGAAGUCGUGUCCCAAAGACUUGUCUAACAGCACCAAAUCGCUAAAUGGCCAUUUGGAUGACUCUAUGUCCUGGAAGAAGUGUAAGUAUUUAACGCCAGAGACCAGACAGUUGAAGAGGCAACGACAACCGAGCAACCAACCUGACGUGGUACCGUUACCACCUAUGGAGGACAUCUAUCAGCAUCCGAAACCACCGCGCCGUGUGAAGGACGCGGAAUUACCAUCAAACUCUUUGUCAAAAAACUGCUGGGACAGGAGUCCUGCCGAAGCGGGUGACCCUACGACCAGCAACGGUGCUCCUGUCCCGCUUGAACACACCCACGUAGGGACCACUGAUUGUUCUUACUCCUGCAAGUCUCAAUCGCCCGAGGAAUCGAUGACAAGGUGCAGACACCAAUUGGAAGACCAAAUCAGAAGCAAUUGCACGCGAGGCAAGUCAAAGUCCAACGUUUCUGCGUCAUGGAGCAAUCCUCGUAGUCAUAAAGAUAAAAAGAAGUUGUUCGAUCAGUAUCAUAAACAGGAUAACCAAAGGAGGAACAGCGAACCUCAAACUUACAAAAAGCAUCUGACAAAACCUUCCAGAAACUGCGAAUCGACCAACAAUUCCACGAGUCAUUUAUCCGGUUAUCAGCAGCCACGAAUGAAAGUAGAAGAUAGCGGAUACUUAAGCAGCACAGACAGCAAUGGCUCGCACAAACAGCUACUGAAACACGAGGUGAGCAGCGUUUCAGAAACCGACGAGACAGAAUCCGUAUGUGACGGUGCGAGCGAAAGCGGCGCCGAAAGCGUUGGAACAGACAGUGUCUUCUUUGGAAAUUUCCGCAGACUCUCAGGCGUGGAAAUUGGAGCGAAGCACAUGUACCUUCAACCGUUUUGUACCAAGAAUGAGAACGGUGUUUUAGAGAGGGCAAACUUUAGCACCAGCGAUAGCGAGACUGAGAGUUUCAUCACGGUUCUUCCGCCGUGUGGAACUAGAGAGCCAAUUUAAUCGUAAAGCUGUUUGAUGAGUAAAGUUGUAUUUUUUUUCUGUUAUUUCGAUAUCGUAUAGCAAAGAGUUGAUUAGCAUAGAUUGUAGUAUAAUUAUUGUACCUGUUUAGAGGUUGCAAUUGAUGAUUGUGAUGGUAAUUGUAGAAUCUUUUAAAAUGAAUGAAAUGACUUGGAAAUACAGUACUAAAUACAUUCAGAAUGAGUAAAAAUCAAAAUUAAAUUGCCAUCUAUCUACGUGGAUAGAUAUUUUCACAAUAGUGGCAAUUCACAAACCUUCUCACAAAAGACAUAAUUAGUAUUGUUUAAUAACGCGUUUAAGGGCCAGUACUUUCAUGAUUCUAUUACUUCUGCACAUUACAUUGUAUCUUUUACAGACAGUCCUAGAUUUUAAGUAGAAAUAUAAGUAGAAGUUUCUUGAAUUUAUAGAAUUAUCUUUCACCGAUUUUUUACUAUUUUUGUUUAAUGAACUGGUUUUCUCAAUAUAAGGAUAACUAUGCGUAAAUUCCUUUUUACUUAAUUGAUAAAACGUGACAGACGCGUUUGAAAGUUCGCUGAACGGGUAAAUGUACAGUUUAAUUACUGAUAUUAAGUCUGAGUAAAUCUGAAAAUAAGCUACUUCGCAUUUACUAGUUUACCAACUCUUAAUAUACUUAUAUCGUAUGUUAUGAAAAGGGUUACUAAAUUUAAGGAAAGAUUUAUUCAAUCGUAUCCCUUAUAUUCUACCAAGAAGGAAAUCUAUAUAAAUAUAUAUAUAUAUAUAAUUCGUUUAGAGAAAGAAAAAGGAAUUGUGGCCGACGAUACGUAGAAAUUGCCAUCGUAAUUUAAUUUGAUAGUGAAGUGGCCGGAAGUGCAAUAUUAUGUGGUAAAGAUAUAAUAGAUAAAUAAUUAAACAGAUUACUGAUAUUCUUACUAGAAUAUUGUAAUACUACAACUUAUAAUUGCUAGUCGAUGUGAUAGUAAUUUCCUAACGAAACGAAAGAAAAUUUUUAUAUCAAAUGACAUAGAAAGAAUUGAUUACAACACGCACAAGUAGGAAAUUAUAUAAGCAACGUAAAAGUUGUUUUGUUUUCACACCACCAUGUAGUUAUCCAAUCUUGAAUUUAAUACAUUACUUUAUCAAUGUUAUUAAUACACUUGUUAUUGUUAUCUUUCAUGGUAGUCAUGAAAUAAAAGAGAUUAUAACAACAUUUUAUAUAUUCGUCAAAGGAGACCUCGACUACUUACCGAUGUUUCACAUUUUAUUUAAUUAAUAGUUAUUUUAUUUAAUUUGGUGCUAAUUGUUGACUUUAUUGUUACAAAAUAUUACGCUUUGUUUAAUAAUGGCAUUUAUCACGAAAUAUAAAGUUAACUGUAUUUGUUAUUAUCGAAAUAGAUUUUUACAUAUUUCCUAUUUAUGUAUUUUAUAUUUAUAGUAUGUUACAUCCUAAUAUAUAUGUACUUUCGUUAUUUUAUUAAUUUAUUAUAGUUUUAUAUAUUUAUACGCUAGGAUAAAAAAUAAUUGUUAAACAAAUAGAAACAAAACAAAUAAUAAUGAUUGUUAUAUGUUAAAGCUUAAAAAUAUUAAUAAGAAUCGUCGCGCCUCACCUCUCGUAAUAGAGUAAUCUUUUUCAUAUCAGAAGCGCACGCUUCAAUGUACCUGCCAGAUGUAUAUAAAAUAGAUUUUAAUAUAUUGAAUGUCUAUAAUGUAACAAUAUAGCAGUGCUAUAUAUAAUAUAUUUUAUGUUAUUAUAUUAUUAUAAUAGUUAUAUAAAUAUAAUGUUUUUAUAUAUAAUAUAUAUAUAACUAUUAUAAUCCAUAUAUAUAUGGAAUGUUUUAUUUAACAUAUAAACGUACUUACACAGACUUGCGACUUAAUCGAUUACAUCGAAUGUUUUCAAUGACUACUUCUAAGCCGAAGCUAAAGCGUUCUCAAUAAAACUAAAUUGCAUACAUAAAAGGCAAUUUUCAACGUCAAUCGUAAUCAGUUUUCUGACUGAUAUCACAGAAAAAUAUAUGUAGAUAAACUAACAAUCAGUAUAAGCAUAAUUCAUUAAAAAUUAAUGCUACGUUAAUAAAAGUAGCUUUGACAAUCGCAAAUAUCUUGUACUGUAUUGACGGCGAAGUUACAAAUAUUAUAUAUGCGAUUAGUAAUUAAAAUCUAACGUGAAUAACUUUGGGAUUGAGAAUCUAAUUCUUAAUAUUCUCUCCCAUAAAUUCGGGGAACAUGGUGUUGGCAGGGUUUUAGGAUUUUAGCGAAACAGGAUGUAAGUAUUGUAAGUAUUAAAUAUUAAGUUACUAAAGAAUAAUAUAAAUUAAAUAAUAAUAAAUU